AUGGAGCACUUGGAUCAUCAGCUAAACACUUUGGCAACCGAGAUCUUCCCCGACUACGACAUUGGAUACCUACGAGACCUUGUGCAGAAAUAUAAUCACAGUCAUUUGGAACAAGUCGCGUUGGAAGUGAUAUUACACCCUAGUUACCCAGAAAGAUUGAAUUAUGGCGAAUUCGACCGGAUUUAUUCUAUUCGACAUAAGUAUUACCAGCAUCAAGCAUUGGAACAGUUAUCACGAGAGUAUCCGCAUAUACUAAAGUCUUCCAUUCGCGCUGUGCUGCUGGAGCAUCACUGGGAUUAUAUAUCGGCACGCGAAGAGUUGAAGCUUUUGGGCACGAACAGAUCAAAAAAUCGGUUCGAACGGUCAGAAGAGGCCGAGGAAAUAGCCGCCCGAUUGAUCACCGAUCAUGAACUGGCGUUGCAGUGGAACAUGGAGGAAUAUACGAGAAAUGGACAGUUGAUUACAUGUGUCUGCUGCUUUGAUGAAUAUCCUUUUGAAGAGAUUUCUCAAGCAACCCUCGCACGCGUCGUUCCUGACAAUAUAUGGCGAGCUUACGAGAAAUUUCUGUUUGAUUCCACUCUCCGGCAAUUUCAAUCGCAAGCAGUCUAUUGCAAGUUUUGUGAAUAUUGCCAACUGGGUGAAUCGGUGGCGCCUUUACAUGUGGGCAGUGUAUAA